AUGUCGUCGAAAUAUUAUGGAGACCGACCUCAAGCAUUUACUAUUGAUGAAACUGGUGAACGAUAUUAUAUAGGGGCUGAGGUUGGUCAGUAUAUGAAAUUUCACAGAGGAUCACUGUAUAAAAAAUAUCCGCAAUUAUGGAAACGAUUCGCAACAAUCGAGGAAAAGCGAAAAAUGCAGGAAAUGGCGUGCCCAUCAUCUUUCCUUAAUACAAACAUUAUGCUUGUUAAAGCGUCCGAGGUCGAUGAAAUUCUCAAUGGAAAUGAGGAGAAAUAUCGUGCAACUGGUAGCAGUUUACCAGUUCUUGGCGGAAAUUUGUUAAAAAAUGCGAGGUCGGGCACGGGACCUUGGCUAGGACAACAGGUAAGUAGUGGUUCGCAUCAUUUGGAAUCCGUCCCCUGUUCGACUCCAAUUGCACAUGCUCGUGGUCAUUUCAAAGCUCGAGAACUUGUAUGGUCACCAGAUGAACAGGAAAUGUACAAAUAUGUUUUGGAAAAUGCCGAACAAUCUGAGGACCUUAUUCCUAUAAGGCUCGAUAUGGAGUUAGAAGGUAUCAAACUUCGUGAUACUUUCUGCUACAACAGGAAUGAAAAAUUAAUAACGCCGGAGAUAUUAGCUGAAAUUAUGUGUGAUGAUCUCGAUUUACCUCAAACUCCCUUUAUUACUGCUAUAGCGCAAGCGAUUCAUCAGCAAAUUGAGGCAGCUGGUGAAGUGGCUCCGGUCGACGCGACACUUACGGAUCAACGUGCUCUUUUAAAACUUAAUGUUCAUGUGGGCAAUCAGUCAUUAGUGGAUCAGUUUGAAUGGGAUAUGAGUGAAGAAAAUAAUAGUCCAGAAUUGUUUGCUCAAAAACUCGCAGCCGAAUUAGGUCUUGGUGGCGAAUUCGUUCCAGCAAUCGCAUAUUCAAUAAGAGGGCAGUUAUCUUGGAAUCAGAGAACUUAUGCAUACAGUGAAUCCCCUUUAGCAACAGUUGAUUGCCCGUUUAGAAAUCCCGCAGAUGUGGAUGCAUGGGGUCCUUUUCUAGAGACUCUGACAGAUGCUGAAAUUGAGAAAAAAAUGCGUGAUCAAGAUCGAAAUACUCGUAGAAUGCGACGAUUGGUUAAUGCUAAUCCUUAUGGCAGCCUGUGA